UUGACAGGUAUUGAAGAUCAUUCUCCUACCGGAUUUUCGCCAUCUGAUGUGCGAGCAUUCAAAGAGAUUGAAGCGUACAAAAACUUUAACAGUGGUCACGAACCUAUAUGGACAUUCAUCUUGAUAUUAGCUAGAGACGGUGGUUCGAUGAAUCGAAUAGAGCAUUUGAAUGCAACUGUUGAAAUUAUUCAACAAAUCAAUCACCAAUUCGCUGUAAAAGAUAUCACAUUUGCACAAAUAUGUGAAAACUUUUGCGAUAUUAACGAGGCUGUCGUACAGUAUCGGAAUGCAUUGAUAAUCAAGAGUGCGGCAGUGGAAAAUGGUGAAUUGCUAACGGAUUCUAUCACCAACUUGUCGUAUCCAAUAUCAAACAGUCUCGGAUUCGAUUAUGAUUUGACAAUGCAUUUCUUCGGUGUGGAAACGUAUCGUGAAAGUGAAAUGAGCAACAAAACGCUUUCGAACAUAAAACAUCUUCAAAUGGUUUUACUGAUGUUCAGAGCCGAACAACCUGAUCAGUGGGAUGAUACCGACGUUCGACGGUGGGACAGAAGUAUCUCGAACUUUUAUUUGAACGGUUACAAUAAUUCAUUUAUACGACCACUCAUAUAUUCGUUGUCGUAUGCUCAAGACGAAAUAGUACGUGUGGGUACAACAUUGCAACCAUAUUCCAUAAUUGGUUUUAUCUUCAUUACUGUCUUCUCAAUUAUCACCGUUUACAUUAAUUUGCGUCAAGCGAAUCAGGUGGGUUGCCCGUGA